GGAUAAACACAACCGCUAUACUACAACCCCAUCUCUCACACCCCUCUUUCUUUUCAUCAAUUUGAGACGAGAUAACUGCCUCAUAUUAUCUUCUUGCAUUUUCUCCAUUAGGACAACUACAUCAGAGACCAUGGAAAAAGCUGGAGAAACAAUCCCAGAAAUAGUGUUAAAUACAGGCCACAAAAUGCCAUUGGUGGGGUUAGGAUGUGCAGGUCAGCCUUUGCCACCAUCAGAACAACUAGUAUCAAUAUUUAUUGAUGCCAUGGAGAUUGGGUAUAGGCAUUUUGAUACAGCAGCAUUAUAUGGCACAGAGGAGGCCCUUGGUAAAGCUGUGGCUAAAGCACUAGAGAUUGGAUUAAUUAAGAGCAGGGAUGAAUUGUUCAUCACUUCUAAACUUUGGUCUACUGAUGCUGAUCAUGACCUUGUUCUGCCCGCUCUCAAACAAACUCUUGGGAAGUUGGGGCUAGAGUAUUUGGAUCUUUAUUUGAUUCACUGGCCUCUGAGGCUAAAGCAGGGUACUUCGGUGUCCAAUUUCACCAAAGAUGCAAUUCUCCCUUUUGACAUGCAUGGAACGUGGAAGGCCAUGGAAGAAUGCAGCAAAUUGGGCUUGACAAAGUCUAUAGGUUUGAGCAACUUCACCUGUGAAAAAAUCUCCAAGCUCCAAGAAAGUGCUACCAUCCUUCCAGCAGUUAAUCAGGUGGAGAUGAAUGUUGGUUGGCAGCAGCGAAAAUUGGUACCAUUUGCCAAAGAGAAAGGAAUUCACAUAAGUGCUUGGUCUCCUCUUGGAGGUUAUGGUACUUCUUGGGGUAGCAAUGCAGUCAUGGAGAAUCCAAUCAUCAAAAAUAUUGCUGACUCAAGAAACAAGACGGUGCCACAGGUUGCACUGAGAUGGGUAUAUCAGCAAGGAGCAAGCGUCAUUGUGAAGAGCUUCAGCAAGGAAAGGAUGAAACAGAACCUCCAAAUAUUUGAUUGGGAACUUACCAAGGAAGAAAUGGAUCAAAUUCUGCAGAUUCCUCAGCGUAGAGCCCCCGGAACGGAAGCGCUUGUUGAUCCAACAGGGCCAUACAAAUCUUUAGAGGAAUUUUGGGAUGGCGACAUCUGAAUUUCUGGACAAUGUGAACUUCAACUCUACCAUGAUGAUCAACUUUAUUUUCUGGGGCAAAUUCCAAUGCCGUUAGGGUAUUCUCAAAUCAAAUAGGGAAGCAGCCCAACCCAACAUCGUAGUGACUUAUCUUUUACCAAAACACCAUAAUAGGUUUGAUUAUCAGUUGUCAAUUGUUGGAUUGUUUAAUAUUUCUUUUUAUAAAGAUUUAAAAACAAAUAAUCAACAGGAAAAAGAAAUAAAAUGAUUAUGUA